CGACACGACCUCGAAAUUCGAGGGUUGGAUAGUCGAUUAUUUCUUUGUCCUAUGAUCGGAGUUGAAAAUAAAAAUAAUGCAAAAAUUUGUUUGUCACGAGUGCCUCGUUGUAGAUCAUGUCGUAACUAUGAUCGUUCGUUGAAUAUCUCGAAUCCACGUUUACAUCAUUCGCUAAUUUAAUGCAUCUGCUUUUGAAUUCUUGAUGAAGACGCGUGUGCAAUUUCUAGGUUAUGUACGUAAGAUGUACGCCUCUAGAAGAAACCUGUGUUUAUUUGUCAUAAUUUUAGUUCAAAUAAUAAAUGUGUUGGGACGAAUGGACGAAUGCGAGGUGAUACAAUCGAUUCCUUCAAAAAAUUCGGAUCAAGAGAAUGAUCCUGACCCAGGAGAAGGGAUACAGAUAGAAGAGAAUAAAACCAUCGAGUCGAACGUGACAGUGAACAAUUCUUCCUCCAAUGUGACUAAAGUCAAUUGUUUGACGGAUAAGGUCUAUGGACCAGUAGAGAUCGUCAAUGCUACCAGGUUAAUGAAAUUGUUAAUGUUAGAACCUGGUUCAACGAAUAGAAGCAUAAACAACAAGGAAGGUAGACUAUUACCAGGAACAUGCGUAAUAGUAUUAUUCUACGCGAGAUGGUGUAUAUUUAGUAGUCAAGCAGCACCGCAUUUCAAUGCGAUACCACGCUCGUUUCCACAUAUCAAAGCAGUGGCAAUCGAUGCUAUAAAAUAUCAACACUUCAAUGCUCAGUAUGGAAUUGUCGGUGUUCCUACGCUGAUGCUUGUUCACAAUGGGAAACCUGUGGCAAAGUUUAAUGGAACUGUCUACAAGCUCGAAUAUUUUUGGAGGUUUAUAACGCACAUAACUAAUCUACAAUCAAAUGGAUCGCUAUACGUUACAUCUUUGGAUUUUGCUGGUCCUGUUUCUAGUACACCAUCGAAUGAAACAGAUUACUGUCUAGUUCUUUCGUGGGUCUUCAUCGCAACGUGUGCAUUAUAUUUUACAUUGCAAAGCCGAUGGUGGCAGCAGUUUGUUGAAUUAGUCCAGAACACAUGGCGUGAAAGUAAUGCACAACACGAGCAUGUUGACUAAAACGUUAAAAGAGAUUAUUUAUUGUUCCAUACACAACGGCAUGACAUAAAAUGGUACUCAUGGUAUUAACAGAUUAUUAAAUUACGUGAUAAUAUUUGUGGUAAUUGUUAAUUAAGACAAUGUAAAUAUAUCCUAAUAAAUAAGUAAUAUAAAUAUUGUUUAGAAAACUAGUUUGCUUAAUCAUUAUUCAGAAUAACUCGUCUUUAUUUUGUACAUUCA